GGAUUUCACAAUAACGGGUCUUACGGACAGCAGACUGCAGCAACCAGAGGAAGCCGAUAACUCUGCUUUACCAGUCCUGUCUGCAGUGGAGGACUAUUUGUGCGUGUGAAAAGUUUGAUGGGAGUCACAACAAUCGACAACCGAUGCUAUUUGCGUCCAAGUGAUGGUGUGAGGACUCGGUAAAGGGAGGUUCAUGCGCAAAAAUGCGGAUUGUUCUCCCUUUGCUGUGUGUUCUGUGCGCCAUACCGGUCCAGAGCAUUUUCGACGGAACCUGCCUCAGAAAAGACCCUCCCCCUGGUGUGCUGGUUUUAUCCCAAGGCAGUAAGUUGGUUAUGACCUGCAGCGGUCAUGUGAAGGUGGACGGAGUUAAGGUCAGCAUGGCCAGAAACAGCUCAAACACCAACAGAAGAGGGAGUUCUUCAGAUGCAAACCCAACCACUGUAAACAUUAUAAGCAACAGUGGAGUUUCCAUGAAAAGCGACAAACAUACUAUGAAAGGAGAGAGAAACCACUCUAACCCUACUGAGGCAGGAGAAACCAGAAGCCGCCAACAUAUAGAUACAGGAUACACAGCUUCUCCCACCACUCACAUGGUCCAGCCAACCAGUUUGAGCAGACUGCGAAAGCGUGAAUCCAACCGAGAGGCUGAAGAGAUGGAUGGCGAGGGCGAUUAUGAGGAGGAGGAGGAGGAGGGGGAGGAAGGGAGCAGAGUAACAAGGGGCAUAAAAUCGAGGCCUCAGUGGAAGCGGAACGGGAGGAGAGUGGGAAAAGGAGACAGGGGAGGAAUCACAUUUGAGAGGAGAGGGGCUACACUGUGUCUGUCCUCAGUAAGACUGGCAGACUCUGGCAAGUACACGUGCUAUUACAGAGGCAGAGAGAGGUUCUCCUUAAAAGUAACUGUCGCAGAUCUUCCAGAGAUUCCCAGCCUGUCUUGCCACAAAAAGUCACCCAGCAGUAAGAUUCGCUGCGAGUGGGUACCUCAGAAGCCCGUCACUGUACGGCCUAACUGUUACCUCUUUUUCAGUAAAAGCCCGACAGAGGCAUUCCUGCGUUUGCAGUGCUCAUACUCAUCUCGGGUCUCUCGCUGUUGGUGCGCUCUGGACCACCAUGAGGAUGAGCAGAGAACCGUUCACAUGGCCUACCUGUGUGUUACAAGCAUCGCAGGCAAUGCCACCAGCAACCUGCUGCAAUUCACGCCUAUGAACAUUUUAAAGCCCGAUCCUCCAUCACAUGUGUCAGUCCGACAGGAGGACGGAUGGGAGAUGAAAAUGACGGUCACCUGGAGUUUUCCGACCUCAUGGAAGUCUCAUGACUACUAUUAUGACCUAAUGUAUGAGGUCAAAUACAAACCUCUCAUGUCCUCAAUUGAUCAUGAACAGAUAAAGAAGGCUGGACGCCAGCGCUCCUACACCAUCACUGAUGCAAUGCCUGGUGUUGAGUACCUGAUACAGCUCAGAACUAAAGAUGACUACGAUGGUUGGUGGAGUGAUUGGAGUACACCUGUCUAUGCCAGCAGUUGGACAGCUCCAACGUCAGUCAUGCCGUGGAAUGGUGAUCUCGAUACCAUAACGUUUCCAGUAGACAUAACCACGGAAGGCUCUGGUACAGGUGAUUACGAGUCUGAUGCAGUUCCUACGAUAGAGGAUAGAGGAGUGAAGGUGUCACAUCUCGUCCUGUGGAUCUCUGGGUUAUUUGCUUUCUUGUUAGUAAUUUUGGCCACCUUCAUAUUCAGACACAAGGACAGAUUUAUGUCUAAACUCCAGAGUAUGAGUUUCGUCACCCAGUGUGGUGACUCACUGCAGCCUCCGCCCUCUGCUCCAACAGCCUCAGAAGGGCAGGCACUGGUGACCUUUGGCCCUCCGCAUUACAAAGAACUCCCACCGAGCGAAGUGGAAAAAGGUGAAGAAGAAAAUGAAGACGAACAGCAGAUCAAGACGAGAGUCGACAACGAGAAGUAUUUGAGGUCGCAUCCAGAAGUAGAAGUAUUGAUAGGCGAAUUUCUAAGAGAUGUGCUUAUUAAAAGGCCUGCUGAAAUCCGUGAGUUUGCUGCAGAUCACUUCACCAACCCAAACCUACAUGUGGUUAUUAGCUCCAAAAUGGAAGGAAACAGUGACCUGGAGUGAAACACACCCAACAGUCAUGGUGCUUCUCCUUUGCAUUUUUCUCUAUGUAGAGCAACACAUGUAUGGACUCUAUUUUAGUAACAACAAAGACUCUGAUACGUUUGUGUCUGUCCACAAAUUGUUCAGUUGAUAGCGUUAUUGUCAGAUUGCUAUCAUCCAUAUGCAGGAAACCAGCUAAUAAGGAAGAUGGCAACAGCUGUUCCUAAUGAGUGUGAUUAAAGGUUAAUGAGAAGAGGAUGUCUUACGCAUACAAUACGCCGUGCUGUUCGUCACAUCACCAACAUGACUGUGAAAGGGAUAUACUGAAGGCUGGAGUUUGUGUUUACUGCUACCCUUUCACCAGAAAGAGUCUUUGAGGUCUGCAUUGUGGGCCCAGUUGUUGAGUGGACAUACUGUACUCUGCAUUGGCCUGGAUAUGGAUUCAACUCUACGGACCAGUCAAGAUAUAAUAUUUACUUCACUCACUUAUGAUGAAGCUGCAAACAGUUUUUCUCUUUAAAAAAUGAUUCAUCAUCUCCUCUCAAAUUCUUUCUUUGGUGAUAUUUUAUCUUUUCACUUUUUUAUGUACAUAUUCAUUUUUGUGCCAUUUUAGUGGAAAAUUGGAUUCACAUUUAUGUGUAAAAUAAAAAUUAUAGAUUGAUUGGAAAAAUUAGACUUAAUAAUGAAACUGAAGUUUUCAGACUCAAGUGAAAUUUUCCUGAAAGAACCUUACAUCUUGUGGAGAGAGUUUACUGACUUUAAAUGUGGGGUUUUACCAUUAAACUCCUUAAUGUAUUUGUAGGAUUUAGCACGUAGCACCAUUACAUGAACUACACCUUAACCUUCUAUAAUGGCCUUAACAUUCAAAUAUUAAGGCCAUUGUCGCUGUUGCUGUUAUUCAAAAGCUGCUGCUUUUUCCAUGAAGAGUGUGAAUAGCAUUUUUACUGUGUGGUUAACUUCCUAUGUUUGUUUUGGCUACGUAUUUCUGUUUAGACACUGCAGCUCUGUAUUGGGUUGUGGUGUGUGGAUUUUUCCAGCUGUCAUUUGAAAUGUAUGAUCUGAGGAAUAACCAUGACAUCCUUUUAUAGAACCUCAAAAAAUAAAUGAACAACUGCUCAUCCAA